AUGGCCUCCCCCACAUCGCCAGCAAUAUGGCUACCGUCUCUUAAAGUACGCCAGCUUCAACGUCUUGCCUCCCUAACGGGGAUAUUGUCUUCAGGCGCCAAAUCGAUCCUGAUUGAACGGUUGUAUCAAAACCUCCAUGUUAGCAUACAACAACCAGUACACAAUGUGAACCAAGAGGAAUGUUCAAUAGAUGACAAAAAGACGGCAAGCAUUCUAAGUAUCGACAUGGGCAUUCGAAAUUUUGGCCUUCGCCCAUUUAGUCGUUCCCGCGGGACACGCUGGCCGUACCAACUGUCCCUUCCUUUGUGUCAAAAUUCUGACCGGGCUUUGAAUUUUAAUCUGGACGAUGAGAUGAGACCUAAGAAAAAAAUUACCAAGGAUCGAAAAUCCUUGCCACUUAAUGGACCUGAUGCAUCGUCAGGGUGUGAUUCGACGCACGUCCCAGGAAAUGGAGACGGAAACAAGGUGAAGCAAAAGGAAUCAUUUGCUCCCAAGGUCUAUGCCGCACAUGCAUACACGCUCAUGUCAUCACUUCUGGCCACAUAUAAACCAACACAUGUCCUCAUUGAAAGGCAACGAUUUCGGUCUGGUGGAGGCAGCGCCGUUCCAGAAUGGACCAUUCGUGUUGGAGUCUUUGAAGGAAUGCUUUAUGCCGUGCUUCGCGCCAUGCAGCAAGAACGGAAAGGGGAAAUAGCCAAUAUCGUCGUUCAAGGGGUAGAACCACAGAGGGUAUUGAGGUACUGGAUUGAUCAUGAAGAAGGCCUAGACUUGCCCCCCAAAGGCAAACUGAUGGGAAGCUCGCCAACCCCCAAUGUGUCUAAGAAACUCAGCUCGAGUAAGUGCAAGCAAAUCAAGAUAGAUCGGAUUGGCGAACUACUUUCGUCAUGUAUUGGGAUAGACGUGGACUCCACAUCAUCAACAGGCACAGGCGACCACCUAGGCAUAAAUCUUGGUGAUGACGGUCAGAUUCAUGAGGUGGUCAAAGCAUAUUUGAAGAAAUGGAAGAAGUUAAAGGGAGGAAAGUUGUCAACAAAGCGGACCUCUGGUGCCACAACAGAUAAUUCACAGACUCUAGAAAUUGAGAAACUUGAUGACCUAGCCGAUUGCUUGCUACAAGGGAUUACAUGGCUGGAGUGGCAGAACACACUACAAAACGUCGCUCGUCACGGGUUUGAUGUUGUUUCAUCGAAAAUGGGUGAUUGA